AUGGCCGACAUAUCUACAUGCAGCGCGCUGACACGGUCAUCGGUGGUAGAGGCCCACGACAUAGUGAAGCCGCACGUCCACCGGACCCCCGUGCUGACGAACCGCACCCUGACGGAGCUGGCGUCCACGCCCCGGACGGAGUCAGACCUCAAGGGAACGCGAUGGGAGGGCCGCACGCCUGCCCGGCCCGUGCUGCGUCUGUGGUUCAAGUGCGAGAACAUGCAGCGCAUCGGGGCGUUCAAGGUGCGCGGGGCAUUUCAUGCCGUGGAGAAGCUCAAGAAGGAGCCCGGGUGGCUUGAGGGCGGCGGUAAAGAGAAGGGUGUUGUGACGCACAGUUCUGCUCUUGCCCUGGCAGCCAGCGAGAGCGGAAUCAAAGCCCACAUCGUCAUGCCCGACAUCUCCCCGGCCCUCAAGGUCAACGCCACUCGCGGGUAUGGCGCAAACGUCAUCUUCAGCGGGAGCACCAGCGUGGAGCGCGAGGCCGUGGCGGACCGCGUCAUCGCCGAGACGGGCGCCCGCCUCGUGCCUCCCUACGACCACCCUGAUAUCAUGCUGGGACAGGGGACGCUGGGUCUGGAGCUCCAGCAGCAGGUGGCCGACAUGAUGGCAGCGGAAUCCGGGUCGGCGGGGGGGAUCAGCGGUCUGGAGAGGGCACCCACCACCAGGUCUUCCAAAGGCGAUGGUGGGCUUGAUGCCAUCAUCGCCCCCUGCGGCGGCGGCGGCAUGCUCUCGGGGGUGGCGCUCUCCUGCGAAGGCACGGGUAUCCGUGUGUACGGUGCUGAGCCGUCGUUUCAGGGCGCCGACGAUGCCAAGCGCGGGUAUGAGUCCGGGUCCCGCAUUGAGGCCGUCUCCACGCUCACCGUUGCCGACGGGCUGCGCACCCCCGUCGGCGUGCACCCCUGGGGCGUCAUAUACGAGCGCCGUCUGGUGUCGGGCUUCUACAGCGUCACCGAGGACGAGAUCAAGGCUGCUAUGCGGCUUGUGCUCGAGCGGUUCAAGCUCGUCGUCGAGCCUAGUGGGUGUGUUCCCCUAGCUGUGGCGCUGUUCGACGAGGACUUUCGUGCCAUGGUGGAGAAGGAGGCUGGACCGGAGGGUUGGGAUCUUGGUCUCGUCUUUAGUGGUGGCAAUGUUGGUGCCGAGACGGUUGGUAAGUUGUUUGCGUAG